CGAACGAAUCGACCAGCUUUCACGCCAUGAAAUUGCACAUUUUAUUGCUAACGGCACUUCCCAUGUGCCUAGCUGAAUUCACAAUCCAGGGACCCAGCGACGGACAUCGACGGGCUCAGGGUCUUAAGUUCAGCGAAGAGAAAGGAAUAGAAUACACAGACGCGAGUGAGGGAGGGGGACCAGGAGACUUCACCAUUCAAGGUGCGACUGACGGUAAUACCAACUUCAGGAUUCAAGGUGCUACGGAUGGACAUUCGAAUUUCCAGAUUCAGGGGCCUUUGGAUGGUGGAUCGGCCACUUAUAAUGUACAAGGACCGAUCGAUCGAUACGGUCAGCCUACAUACCAGGAAGAGUACAAUGCUGAUCAGGGUAUCAAUGCAAAGGCGCUCCAGUAUAACGAUCCUAGCGGUUAUAGAGUAAAUUGGAGGUCGUAUGAUCGUCAAACACGUCCGCAAGCUCAGGCAGAACCGCAGUAUGUGCAAGCGGCGGAACCAAUUUCACGAUCAGCUGCGCCCCGACAGCGAGUGCCUCAAGCGCGAGUUCAACCGCAACCACAAGAGCAACCGGAACCACAGCCACAUUACAGGCCUUAUUCUAAUGCACCGCCACAGAUCCAGCAAUUGCUUCAGUUCCAGCAGCAAAUUCCGUACAUCAAUAUAAUUCCGGAACCAUACAGAUUCGACGAAGAGGCUGCGGUACGAGCUCAAUCUCAGCAGGUCCAAGAACACCUCAAGAAGUUGGCGCAAGAGGCGGCGGCUGCCCCUCUAGCUGAGCCCGUGAUCGCGUCUGCACCUCGUCAAAAGUCACGCGGUCACUCCAGGAGCAAACGUCAGGCUCACCAGCAACCGCAGUACCGUAGGAUAUCCCAGCCCCCGGUGGAACCACAACCUCAAUAUUCGCCCAAUCUGCCACCUCACUUGCGCGAACUGCUGAGAUAUCAGGCGGAAACGCCGUACAAUAUAAUUGCUAACCAGAUCGUGUAUCGUCCGGACAAGCCGUACGUGCCGCAUCGCGUGGACUCGCAGCAACUACAGCAACAGCAGCCGUUACAACAAGCACAGUAUCAAGGACAGGGUGGCGCUUACGAGAGUCAAGCACAAUAUCAAGGACAAAGUGGCGCUUACGAUGGUCAAGCCAGCGCAUAUACGCAGGCUAACAUACAGCCGAUACAGCCCGCGUAUCAGAACCAACAAUAUCAACAGCUCGGCUAUAAUCAGCAGCCUGGAGUAAGACCUGUCACCGAGAGUCAGUACUGAUCACCUCGACAAAGUGUUUUUUAUUGUCUUUCGUUUGUUCCAAUUGAUAGAACAAGUCUUCUAGGACUGGAUUCUAUUAUGUGAUAAUAUUACGAUCGAGUUUUUUUUUCAACAGCUUAUCGAAUAUAGUUUAUCAACAAAUAAAAUUAGA